AUGCUAGUAGUCGAUCCUGGUCUUGACAUGGAUGAUUGCAACUCCCUGCCUCUUAGUCCACACCAUUUUAUCGUGGCUGUGAAGAACCGUAUUAUCUGUACAAUCAGAGGCAGAGCAUAUGUUGUUGUGAUUGCACGGAAUCUAUACAAUCGUCUGUAUCAUAAUACAAAGCCAUCUGAUUUCGAUCGAUCCUGCACCGUGGUAGCCGAGGUUCAUAAUACAAAGCCAUCUGAUUUCGAUCGAUCCUGCACCGUGGUAGCCGAGGUUCCGAUCAAGGGUCAUAAUAUAUCAGCUCUGCCUACGCUGGACAUAUACAAUAAGCUAUCAGAGGGUUUUUUGCUUGGGUGUAUGGCUUCGAUUUCUCCUGGUGCCAUGAAUCCAGAUUACAGAAGUAGGACUUUACAUCCUCCGUUUUCUCGAGGCAUCGUCAUUUUUCUCGAGUGCCUUUUCUUCUACUUCUAUGAUCCCGAUAACGAUUCUGAUUGUAGAUUCAGUGUUGAAGUAACAGCUGGAUUCAUCACACUGAGGACUUUGCCUGGAAUACUUGCUGGUGCUUGUAAUUUACAAAUGGAGAGAAGACACUUAUCCAUGGAUGACAAGAUUGAAGAGUUUCCUUCAAAGACAAACAAUCUAGUGCCUAUUAGGUACUAUUUCAAAGAAAUCAGAAAAAUGACAUGGUUUUAAAGAAAAACUAGGUGAAGGGGCUACGGCUCUGUGUUUAAAGGAAAGCUUCGCAGUGGACAUCAUGUGGCGGUGAAAUUGCUGGGAAAUAAAAAGGGUGACGGCCAAGAUUUCAUUAACGAAGUUGCUUCCAUCGGGAGAAUUCAUCACGCUAAUGUGGCGAAACUUAUCGGAUUCUGUGUGGAGGGAUCGAAGCAGGCUCUGGUGUACGAUUUCAUG